AUGCUGGAUGCGCGAGUCCUCCAUGUCUUCUCAAAUGAACAGUGUCGUAAUGAACAGCUUGUGCAAUUCUGUCUCCGCAGUGUAAUACUCUCAUUUUCCCCGAUACAGUGGUUCAGUGUAGCACGUGAAUCCCGAAUCUCUGGUCAGUUGACGACCAUAUAUCCCAGGCUCUUUUCCCAAUCUCCCGACUCAGUAGCUCCGUUUCUCUUUUGUCUGUUCUGUAUUCUGUUCAAAAUGAGGGGCAUAAUAUGUUCUCUUUCAACUUUCCUCUCCCUUGUCGCUGCUGCCAUUAUACCGGGUCUUGAUGGAAUAGCAGGACUGGGUGGUGCGCUUGGUGGUACUGUGCCUGCUCCUUCACCUGCUCCUGCUCCAGCACCAGCACCAGCACCUAUCCCAGCAUCAAAUAUCAUACCUCCCGAUCCAGCCACACGGCCCGACCUUCCUGACCCCAAUACCCCUCCACCAGUUCUCAACCGUCCUGAUCUACCGCCUGGAAGUGCGAUACCAGGAUCAAACGUUGUGAUGGGCGUCCCAGAAGAUUUAAUUCCCGAAAAUUCAACGCUUUCGCCGCCAUUUAAACUCUAUGUCAUUCCUAGCCAAUUCACGCCGUUUGAAUACACAUUCAAAAACUCCUUCUUCGGAGCCUACGAUGUCCCUGCUUUCCUAGGCCCUGACGGCGGCCUCGGAGUCCCCACCGCCUCCACAGCCGGAACAUUCACCAUCCUCCAACCACAAGGCCUCCUCCUCUCCCUGUCCCUCUCGCCCCCAGUACCAACCUAUUUCUCCGCGCCCCUCUCCUCCCUCCCAUACACCUACGCACCUCUCACAUUCGCGAAUCCUCUCGACACCAUCACCAACCCUACCCUCACUCCCAUUCCCGAUCCCGAUCUCCAAACCGAUCCCAAUUCCAGCUCUACUCCCCAGACUGUUGAGACCACGUUCAGUCUUGGUGUUUCCGGCGCCGGACUCGGCACCGGCUUACCAGCUGGCUUUGGAGUCACGAAUCCGAAGUUGGGAUUUGUGAAUGAGGAGUUUGAGACGGGGGAUAAAGAGGCGAGGUUCUGUGCGCUGAUGAGGGAUGGGGGUAAGAAGUGGGUGUUUGGGGAGGUUGUUAGGGUUUUUGGGAGGGAGUCCAGUGGGCAGGGAGAGGAGGAGGGGUGUUUUGGGGUGAGGGUUUAUGCGCAGGUUUUGUGA